CUCAUUUAGGCCCAGGCGCUUCGAGACCCGGCGAAGUAGCUUUGCGUGAUGGCAGCGUCUGAAGAGCCGGAGGCCCCCACGGAGCCCCUGGACGUCGCGUGCGGCCUGGAGAACAUGCCUGUGAGCGUGUGGCCGCCGGGUGCGAGGCCAGGACCUUUCCAGUACAGUCCUGACCACGUGGCCGGGCCCGGAGCCGACGCCGACCCCUCGGAGAUCACCUUCCCCGGGUGCGCCUGCCUCGCCCGACCCUGUGUGCCCGGCACCUGCUCCUGUCUCCACCGCGUGGUCCAGCGGGGCCUGCAGCGCCCCCUGCAGGUGUUCAGGACGGACGGCAAGGGCUGGGGGCUGCGCACCCUGGCGUUCAUCCCCAGAGGCCGGUUUGUCUGUGAGUACGCCGGCGAGGUCCUGGGAUUCUCCGAAGCACAGAGGAGAAUUCAGCGACAAACGGAACAGGACUCCAACUACAUCAUCGCCGUCCGGGAGCACGUGGCCGGCGGGCGGGUGAUGGAGACGUUCGUGGACCCCGCGCGGGUGGGGAACGUGGGGAGGUUCCUGAACCACUCCUGUGAGCCCAACCUGCUCAUGGUGCCCGUCCGCGUGGACUCCAUGGUGCCCAGGCUGGCGCUGUUUGCAGCCAGAGACAUCUCGCCCGGAGAAGAACUCUCUUAUGACUAUUCGGGAAGGUUUCUCAACCGCUCGGACGGGGGAGACAAAGGCAGGCCAGGCAGCGGGAAACCGAGAAAACCUUGUUUUUGUGGUUCCGCGUCCUGCGCCGCUUUCCUGCCCUAUGACGCGUCCCUGUACUGCACCCCCGAAAAGCCGGCCCCGGGUCAGGAAGGGGAAGUGUAAGGGAUGGGGACACGCGGGGCCUCUCAGUGGGAGAGCGAGGCGGCGGCCAGCGUGUGGCGUGGCCCUUCCUGGGUGCCCUCCAGGAACCUGGCCAGCAGCGGCCCCGCCCCGGGGGAGGCAGGCUGGCGAGUUUCACUCGGGACUGUGGCAGGGUCACCGGUUCCCUUUCUCCCGUCUGUGAGGGCAUUCUCUGUUUUCAGUUGGACCCAUGGCUGCCCAGCUAGAAACUGGGCCCUUUUCCUCGUUAGUUCUAGACAACGAGGCCUAAGCAAAGUGGCGAGUCCUUAAAGGAGGCCUCCCUCCUUUAUCCCCUGCUCCUUCCAGCCGGCUGGGACGUGUGGGUGAUGGCUGGACCCCAGGAUCACCCUGGAAAGGAGCCACGCACAGCGCUGGGUGCCAGGAGCUGCGGGACACCCCGGGUGCCCCCAUCUGCCCUCUGGCUCUGGGGUGAGCAGUAGCCUCUCCCCCGGUGUCAUUUUGGUUUUCCAGCGCGAGCACCAAAUCAACAGCCCAAGGAACCCCGGCCCGACCUGAGUGGAAUACAGCUGACGGUGGUUGCCGUUUGCCUCCACCGGCAUCCUACCUCUCACCUGUUUCUAAACAGGAAUCGGAGAGAGGUGCGUGCUUAUCACCUGCAAACCCGAGCAUCCCACCAUCGGGAAAA